AUGGGUACAAGAGAGGACGAAUAUGAUUAUUUAUUUAAAGUGGUGUUGAUAGGUGACUCAGGGGUGGGAAAAAGCAGUCUUCUUUCACGUUUCACUAGAAAUGAAUUUAAUUUAGAGUCAAAAUCAACAAUAGGAGUGGAGUUUGCAACACGGAGUAUAGAGGUGGACGGAAAAACCAUAAAGGCUCAGAUAUGGGACACUGCUGGUCAAGAGCGUUACCGCGCAAUCACGUCUGCGUACUACCGAGGCGCUGUGGGAGCUUUACUUGUGUAUGACAUCGCAAAACACUUGUCUUAUGAGAAUGUUGAACGGUGGCUGCGUGAGUUAAGGGAUCACGCUGACCAGAAUAUUCUAAUCAUGCUUGUUGGGAACAAGAGCGAUCUGAGACAUCUCAGAUCAAUCCCAACAGAAGAGGCAAAGGCGUUUGCAGAAACGAAUGGUCUUAGUUUUAUUGAAACAUCGGCCCUUGACUCUACAAAUGUUGAACCGGCAUUCCAAAACAUUCUAACGGAGAUCUACCGGAUCGUGUCGCAGAAACAGAUGCGUGAUCCUCCGGAAGGUGACGUCAUCCGACCUGAUGCUGAACCGGCUGAUCUCCGGCCAUCUGCCGCAGACUCCGUGCGCAAACAGUGCUGCCAGUAG